UUGUUAACAGCCUCCGUAACAAAAUCCAAUUUUCUUUGCAUCUAGAAACUACCCACUUUUUUUUUUUUUUAAUUCCGAUUUACGUUUUUUAAUUUAUGAAUUCCACACUCCCUAUAAGAACCCCACACUUUUCUUCAUUCCUUCAGCGGGGAUCUCCAUCUGUCUAAUUCCAACGAACUCAGACCAUAAGAAAUUGAAUCCAACACAGGUUUGACUCCACAUACUUGCCACCAUUGCCACUACUUUACCACUCUAGUCAUCGCACAAGGACAAAUUCUUCUUGCUUGAAAAUUGUGUUGUAUUGCCAGAACUCAUUGUAUGGUCAUCUCACCUUUUGGUUGAGAUCCUUCCUAGGACUGCAUAUAGGAUGGUUGCUCAUAGCUUUGCAAGUGGUACUUGUAUCAUGCAAGAAUUUUGUUAUCUUCUGGACGAUAAAAUAUGGAACAUGAGAAUAAAAUGAGUGAGCAUUCCAUGCAUGGGGUUAACAAUAAUGGGGUUCAAGCACAGAGCUCUGAUUUUUUAAACAGCAGGCAUGGCUCUGAAACACAUCUUGCUCCAAGUAAAUUAAAAGAUAGAAGUUUUGAUUUCCCAGACCUAGAGGCUAAGGAACUUCAUUUGCGAACUAGUGCACAGAAAGAGGAGAUUCAGCAUCUUCGUGAACAAAUUGCCGUAGCCUGUGUGAAGGAAUUGCAGCUGCUGAAUGAGAAAUGUGCACUGGAGAGGAAAUUCUCUGACUUGCGGAUGGCAAUUGACGAGAAGCAGAAUGAAGCCAUCACUUCUGCCUCAAAUGAAUUGGCUCGUAGAAAAGGUGACCUUGAAGAAAAUUUAAAGCUGGCACAUGAUUUAAAGGUUGCAGAGGAUGAGAGAUAUAUCUUCAUGUCGUCCAUGCUCGGGCUGUUGGCUGAAUAUGGUAUUUUGCCCCCUGUUGUAAGUGCGUCUGCCAUUACCAACAGUGUGAAGCACCUACAUGAUCAGUUACAGUGGAAGAUCAGAACCUCACAUGAUAGAAUUAGAGAGUUGACAGGUAUAGCGGGCACUCAUACUGGAGGCAGAUCUCAUGAAAAUGAUAGCCCUAUUUCUGGCAUUUUGAACAAUCAAAUUCCUCAUAGAUCCACGGCUAGUCAUGGCUUUUCUUCUAAUAACCACUACACAGAUGAGCAGCAUCUUAUGCCACCUGACAAUAUGCUGAGAUAUAUGCCUGAUAAUGAUCACACUGCAAAAAAUUUAAUGUUUAAUGAUCAAGGACAACAACAGUUGAGCAAUGGCAAUUCACAGGAGUUCUUGUUCAGUUCUGACAGAGGUGGUGCUGGCCCUAAUCCUGAUAGUGCAUUUGAUAAAGGUGCUGUAAGAACUGGAGCAGAGGAUAUGACCAACAAUAUCUUUUCUCAUCAUGAUGAGAUGGACUCCUAUGGUUCUGAAGAAGGCCCUGGCAUUGAGGGGUUUCAGAUAAUUGGUGAUGCUACACCAGGAGGAAAGCUUUUAGGAUGUGGAUAUCCUGUACGAGGGACUACACUUUGUAUGUUUCAGUGGGUUCGUCAUCUUCAGGAUGGCACUAGGCAGUACAUUGAGGGAGCUACAAAUCCAGAAUAUGUGGUUACAGCUGAUGAUGUUGAUAAACUGAUUGCUGUUGAGUGCAUACCGAUGGAUGACCAAGGCCAUCAGGGGGAACUAGUGAGGCUUUUUGCUAAUGAUCAGAACAAAAUAAAAUGUGACCCAGAAAUGCAAAAUGAGAUUGACACGUACAUUUCUAGAGGCCAAGCAGCAUUUAGUGUUCUGUUACUGAUGGAUUCUUCUGAGAAUUGGGAGCCAGCAACUCUGACUUUGAGACGGUCAAGUUACCAAAUCAAGAUCAAUAGCACAGAAUAUGUGGAAAUUUCUGAGAAAUAUUCAAAGGAAUUAUCGAUUAAAGUACCUAGUGGGCUCUCAACACAAUUUGUUUUGACAUGUUUUGAUGGGUCUUCGCGUCCCUUUAGCACAUAUAGUGUUCGAAUGCGGGAUACUCUUGUUUUGACAAUGAGAUUGUUCCAGAGCAAGGCCUUGGAUGACAAGAGAAAAGGAAGAGCAUAGGCCUUACUUAUUGAGUAUAGCUUUAACCUUAAUAGUGAAUAUUCAAUAUUUUUUUAAGAAAUUGAGAGGAAAAUAAACACAUCAAUGUCUGUAUCUUUUAGUUUUGAACAAUAAUGAAAGAACAUUUCUGUAAUCUUCUUCCUCAGUUGUAUUUUAAAUUAUAUUACUUAAUCCAUCA